AUGUCAAAUGGGACUGAAGUGUCGAUAAGUCCUAUUUUAUCACUUUGUAUGCUCUUACGCUACUUUUAUCUCAGAUUUGUUAAUAAACUUGAAACAAGUACUUCAGAUAUAAUUGUUAUCAAAGCUGUUGUGACCUGUCAAAACCACAUUCUUAAAGAAAAUAGAGAAAAUCUCGAAUAUGCUGCACAUUGCACCGGUUUUGAUGUUCUUUCUGUGUUAAGUCAUCCGAAAGCAUCGGUGUGGAGUGACAAGAAUGUGUUUCGUGCAGAGGGUAAUUAUCUCUUUAUUGAUUUAGAUACGAAUUUGGAGCUGUCUGUUGGUAAAAAAGAUGGUGAAAAUUUACAAAUAAUUCACUUUCGAAAUUAUGAAAAUAUCACUGAAGAUUUCUUGAAUGAAAGACUUUUUGAAAUAAUUAUAAAAGAAUUGGAAGAAAGAUAA